AUGUCAACAAACCCGGACUCCACAAGAUCAACCACCCCAAACUCCCUCAUUCCCCUAUGGAUCAACAAUGAACCCAUCCACACCACCACCACCUUGCCCAUAACCCCCUCCUCAUCCACCACACCCUCCCACCACGCCUGCUCCGCUUCCCCCAAGGACGCCACGCACGCCGCAACCGCUGCCUGGACAGCCUUCAAAUCCUGGCGCCAAACACCACACACCACGCGCCGGGACCUGCUCCUCCGCGUAGCAGACCACUACUUCACCCACAGCGCCACCCUCGUCUCCACCCAAACCCGCGAAACAUCCUGCACCCCUGCCUGGGCCCUCCAAAACGUCAAUCUCGCCAUUUCCUACCUGCGCGAGAUCGCCGCGCAAAUCAGUAGUGUAGCCGGCGUUAUCCCCCCGACUGAGAAACCAGGGACGACGGGCUUCGUAUUCAAAGAACCCAUUGGACCUGUCCUGUGUAUUGCGCCGUGGAAUGCAGCGUUGAUCCUCGCGACGAGGGGGAUCGCGAGUGCGAUUGCAGUAGGAUGUACGGUUGUCUUCAAAGCCUCUGAAAUGUGUCCAGCUACGCAUUUUGAAAUCACAAAGGCGUUUGUGGAGGCGGGGGUUCCCGCGGGUGUGUUGAACCAGGUGCAAUGUGUGCGGGAGGAUGCAGUGGCGGUUACAGAGGCGCUUAUUUCGCACGAGGCGAUUCGCAAGGUUGAGUUUAUUGGGUCGGCGGCCGUCGGGCGCCAGAUUAUGGCUGUUGCGGCGCGGUAUUUGAAGCCGGUGUUGAUGGAGUUGGGGGGUAAGUGUCCGGCGAUUGUGCUAGAGGAUGCGGAUCUGGGGGUUGCGGCGAGGCAGUGUGCGUUGGGGGCGACGAUGAAUCAUGGGCAGAUUUGCUUUAGUACAGAGAGGGUUAUUGUGCUGGAGGGUGUGGCGAAGGAGUUUCAGGAGAAGCUUGUGGAGGAGAUGGGGAAGGUUACGAGGGAGAUUACGGGGGCUGCGGUGUCUGAGGGGAUUGCGCAGCAUGCGUGUGAUCUUAUUCAGGAUGCGGAGAAGAGGGGAGAUAAUGUUGUAUUUCCAAGGUCUAGUGAUGGGGAUAAAGAAGGGUCUACGACGGUGCUUCCACCCACUCUUGUGCUGAAUCCGUCUAGCAGUAGCAGGAUAUUCGACGAGGAGACAUUUGGACCUUCAGCUUCGCUAUACGUGGUCAAGGCGGAUGAGGAGGCUAUCCAACUCGCGAAUCGCUCUGCCUACGGGCUCAACGCUACCGUUUGGACGCGCGACAUGGCAAGGUUUCUCAAGAUCAGCAGGGAGUUAGAGUAUGGGCAGGUACAUGCGAAUACCAUUAGCGUGUAUACCAGUCCGACUGGGAGCCAGGGUGGAGUCAAGAACAGUGGGUUUGGCAGGAUGAACGGAAGAUGGGGAUUGGAGGAAUUUGUCGUGGAGAAGUUUGUUACGUGGUGUGCAUGA